AUGAAGAUUUUGAGCAGAAAGUUGAUAAAGCCAUGCACACCAACUCCUGAGAAUCAUCGAAGAUACAAAAUUGCAUCCAUCGAUGAGAUUAAUCCAACUAUGAAUGUCAUUGGCAUUCUCUACUAUCCAUUCAAUGAAAAUAUGGAACAUGUACUUAACAAGAUGGAAGAAUCACUGGCCCAAGUCUUGCCUCAGUUUUACCCUUUUGCCGGAAGAUAUAUCAAAAAGGCGUACUCGGUUGAUUGUAACGAUGAAGGUGCUGAAUACGUGGAAGCUCAAGUGGAUUGCGAGCUUCUUGAUAUUAUUGGCUCUGGGGUGGAACCUGGGAAGCUAAAUGAUCUUCUUCCACUCGAAGUUGGUACUGCUGAUGAAUUCACAGAUCCAAUUUUGUCCAUUCAAAUAAACAAAUUUAAAUGUGGAGGGAUAGCCAUUGGUACAUGCAUUUCGCAUAGGAUUGUUGAUGCAUGUUCACUUGGCAUAUUCUUAUCUGCAUGGACAAAGGCCACCCAAGGAGACACCACUGGUGAACCCAUUAUCCCAAAUUUUGAUUCCCCAUUGUACUUUCCAGGUCGGAAUCUAGGUGAGCUUGAUUUUGGAACCACAAGAACUAGGGAUUCUACCAUCGUGACCAAGAGGAUCUUAUUCGGUAAGAAGGAGAUAGCAAACCUAAGAGAAAGAGUGAGCCACUUGUACGCAAAAAGAGAACGUCCACCCUCGAGGGUGUUGAUGGUUACUUCCUUUUUAACGGAGGCUCUUUUGCGCUCUGAUCGUGCAAAACUUGGGAAACCACGGGAUUGCCUCAUACAUGUGGCAGCUAACAUUCGAGAAAGAACAGUUCCACCUUUGUCGAAAUAUUCUUGUGGAAACUUAGUGUCAAUGGGACUUGAGGAAUACACUGCAGAAGAAACCAGGAGUUUGGACUUUGGACGCUUGGUUCCUAUAGUGGACAGUGCAACAAGGAAAGCCGUUGCGGAAUGUGCCAACUUAUUGUCUGAUGGUGAGUUUGGAUACAAAGUCAUGGUUGAUGAAUACAUAGAUAUAUGUGAAAAAUCAAAUGAUGAUAACUUGAACUGCUUAUGGUUUACUGACUGGUCUAAGUUCGGAUAUUAUGAAAAGGAUUUUGGUUUCGGAGCACCUGUUUGGACAAGCGUUGUAAAUAUUCCAGUCAAAAACCUUAUCAUAUUGAUGAAUACCAAAGAGAACGAUGGAAUUGAAGCAUGGUUGCAUUUGCAUGAGGAAGACAUGCCUUAUUUCGAACAAGACGAGGAAAUUAAAAAGCUCAUUACUUAG